UUUCUUGGAUACGCCGGCAAUAUAUAUAAGUAAACUUAAAAGCAUAAAAUUCCUUUAUUGUGUGUAUAUAUAUAUCUUUAUAUCUUUAUCUGUUCCUAUAUAUUAUAUAUUCAUGGUUUUCAUCGAAGAUCCUCGGCCUCAUUCAGCGGAUAGUUAUGUUCAAACUGAGCCUCAUGAACCAGUAGUUACAUCAAAUCCAUUAAAAAAGUUAGCAAUUGUAGCAUCAAUAGCAGCCGGGGUGCAAUAUGGAUGGGCGUUGCAAUUAUCACUUUUGACACCAUACACACAACUUCUUGGUGUACAACAUGCUUGGGUAUCCUUUGUUUGGCUCUGCGGCCCAAUCUCUGGCUUGGUAUUCCAACCCACAGUUGGGUAUCAUAGUGAUCGGUGCACGUCCCGUUUUGGGCGGCGCCGCCCAUUUAUCGUGGCCGGAGCUAUCCUCCUCUCCUUUGGGGUACUUCUCAUUGGCUUUGCGGCUGAUAUAGGCCGAGUUUUAGGCGAUUCACUUAUUUCCGGGAGUAAACCUAGAGCCGUUGCUUGUUUUGUGCUGGGCUUUUGGAUUUUGGAUAUAGCGAAUAAUAUAAUACAAAGUCCUUGUAGAGCGCUUUUGGCUGAUCUUUCUGAAGGUAAUGAUGCAAUGGUGACAAUUGGAAAUGCGCUUUUCGCCUUUUACAUGGCUGUAGGGAAUAUCUUAGGCUAUGCUGCAGGUGCAUACUUGAAUAUUUAUAAGAUUCUUCCAAUCACAAAAACUGAAGCUUGUGACAUCUACUGUGCAAACCUAAAAACGUGUUUUCUCAUCUCUAUUCUCCUCAUAGCAGUCAUAAUCACAUUAGUUUGUGUUACAGUUAAGGAAGAAAGGCUUGAUCCUUCUAAUUUAAUGCAAUACAAACAGGGCGUUAAUGGGGAAGAAGAAGCCCCAUCACUUUUGACUCAACUGAGCACAGCCAUUAGGAGUAUAUCAAAGCCAAUGAAAAUCUUAUAUGUUAUAACAGCGCUUACUUGGGUAGGGUGGUUUCCAUUUAUACUGUAUGAUACAGAUUGGAUGGGUAAGGAAGUGUUUGGAGGAAGUCCUGUGGGUGAUCCAUUGCAAAUUAAAAUGUAUGAUCAAGGUGUACGAGAAGGUUCGUUGGGAUUAAUAUUUUAUGUGGCCAUGCUUGGUGUUGUCUCUUUGUUCAUGGAGCCAAUUUUGAGGUAUCUUGGGAGUGUAAGACGUGUUUGGGGCAUUGGGAAUAUGAUACUUGCAGCUUGUAUGGGAUUAACGUUUUUGAUCACAAAAAUGGCCGAGGAUGCUCGACAAACUGCUCUCAAUAAUGAAAAUGGAUCUGCACUUAUUCCCCCGCCUCUUGAAGUGAAAGCGUCUUAUUUUGCUCUUUUCACAGCCUUGGGUAUACCUCAAGCGGUCACUUACACCAUUCCUUUCGCUCUAGCUUCCAUAUAUUCCAACAAUAGUGAUACCGGUCAAGUUUCUCAAGGGCUCGCGUUGGGACUUCUAAAUCUUGCCAUUGUAAUUCCACAAAUGUUAGUGGCCCUAAUAAGUGGACCGCUGGAUUCACUAUUUGGAAGCAGCAACUUGCCAGCCUUUACUAUGGGAGGUAUUGCAGCUGCACUGGGUGGAAUUUUAGCUAUGAAAAUGCUUCCAGGAAAUGACUCAGUGCAGUGAGAUAUUGAAUUUUUAUGGGCAUUAGCAUAUAAAUGGAACAUUUAAUUAUGUAGAAAGGCUUAAGAAAAAGUUGAUUUGAAUAAACGAGGGGUACUAGGUUUUCGAUAACAUUAUUAAUGUUGGAUUCAUCAAAUGGCUGCCAUUAAUUUUCUUGGACUUUCUUCAUCUAUGGUGAUGAAUUCCACCCAGAUGGUUUGUUUUCUUCUACACGCAUUUUGGUUAUUCUUUUGUUGUAAUUUCUUCUUUGUCAUUUUUAUAUGUUUGCAAAUCUUGUUAGUA